UCCGACACUAAGAGAGGCACCCCUACAUGGCUACAUCCCACGAACACUUCAACUAUAAAAGUUGAACAAGACAGCCUAAACUUGCCCUCUUUUAUUCUCUUCGCUCGAGCGAGGAAGGAUUCUGAGAGUGCAGCAAAUUCUGUUCUUUCUCUCUCAUUCACUGUCCCCCCUUUUUUUUUUUCAAAAGUUUGGGUUUUUACCUUUAAUUUUCCAUUAACAAUGGCGACGCAAGGUGGUAAUCAAACUCAUUCUAUGGACCCAGUAGUAUUAGACGACAUAAUAAGACGACUUUUGGAGGUUCGUCUUGCUCGUCCUGGUAAACAAGUUCAGUUAUCUGAAUCGGAGAUCCGACAACUUUGUCUUACUUCUCGUGAAGUUUUUCUUCAGCAGCCUAUUCUUCUUGAACUUCAUGCCCCAAUCAAGAUUUGCGGUGAUAUUCAUGGGCAGUAUAAUGAUUUGUUAAGGCUCUUUGAGUAUGGUGGUUUUCCUCCUCAAGCAAAUUAUCUAUUUCUGGGUGACUAUGUGGAUCGUGGCAGACAAAGUCUCGAGACAAUAUGUCUUCUGCUUGCCUACAAGAUCAAGUAUCCUGAGAACUUUUUUCUUCUUAGAGGAAAUCAUGAGUGUGCUUCCAUUAAUCGGAUUUAUGGAUUUUAUGAUGAAUGCAAGAGACGAUUUAACGUGAGACUUUGGAAGACCUUUACAGAUUGCUUCAAUUGUCUUCCUGUUGCUGCUAUAAUAGAUGAUAAAAUAUUGUGCAUGCAUGGUGGACUUUCUCCAGACUUGCAAAACAUGGACCAAAUUAGAAAUUUACCCCGUCCGACUGCAGUGCCUGAUACUGGUCUGCUUUGUGAUUUGCUUUGGGCAGAUCCUGGUCAUGAUGUGAAGGGAGGAUGGGAGAUGAAUGAUAGAGGAGUUUCAUACACCUUUAGUGCUGAAAAGGUGGCUGAGUUCUUGACAAAGCAUGAUUUAGACCUGGUCUGCCGUGCACAUCAGGUGGUAGAAGAUGGGUAUGAAUUUUUCGCAGAUCGGCAGUUGGUCACCAUAUUCUCUGCCCCAAACUACUGUGGUGAAUUUGAUAAUGCUGGAGCAUUGAUGAGUGUCGAUGAUAACCUGAUGUGCUCUUUUCAGAUUCUCAAGCCAGCAGAAAAGAAGAAUAAAUUUUUGAUGUCAACAAAAAUGUGAUUUAUGAAUCUUGCAUCAUAGAGUACCUUUGGUUUAAGAGUUGAUGGGUGAACUUGCAUGAAGUUGUGGGUAAGAGUUGAUGGCUAUCGGGUCAAGACUAGUUGUUACAUCUCCUUCAGCAACUGUGCUCGAUAAUUGAGGGUUCUGGCUCGUGAAGAUGCAGAUGUAAUGUGACGUAAAAAUAAUAGAUACCUACGUAGGCUUAACUCCGUGAUUAAUGAUGCCUAAACGGCGAUUCAUUUCUUGUACAUUUGUUAGCUCGUAGUUAUAUUCAUCUAUCCUUUUUUCCGUUUCUAUCCCUUUGAUAUGUUGCUACUAUUAUUGAAAACCUUGUGUAAUUCGAGUAGGUCAAUUCAGUGGUCCGGCAAAUUCACAAUUUCACACUAAUGUGCAAUGAGUAUAUUGAUGUUAGCUUGAUACGACUGCCAACUGUUCAGUGUUCUGCCCUUGAUUGCUGUUUAUCGAGGCAUUUAAGCCCAUGGCCUUUCGUAUGAAACCGAAUGUUGCAAGAGAUCGAGAGAAGAUUGGUUUAUGUGACAAUCAAUACGAAUUUCACCUAUAGGAUCUACCUGUUCCAGAUUCAUGAUCAAAAUUCAAAACUAUGAAUUGAACCAAAGCUACGAGCAAAUUGUUGGUAAA